AUGGAUGCAAGAAUCGCUCAAGCAGAAGCUAGGCUAACAAGGUCAACUUCGAUUGCAACUGGAGUGGAACCAGGCCCAAGUCUGGAAAAUCCGAAGAGAAGUUACAAGAGGAAGAAUAGAGAUGACAAAAUUCAGGAGGAAGAGGAAGAAGAUGAGCUAUUGAUAACCGGAGGUAAUAUCGACGGCGAAGAGAUACAACCAGAGGUAUUGGAUGGCCCAAACAUGAGAGGAUCCUCAGACACGGAACGAGACGGAUCCUGGAGACCUUCUCCGCCGAAAGACAAAGGGAAAGGUCGUAAAAACCCGAGUACGUCGUCUGAUGACGACAUCAAUGGAGAAGACAUUUCAUCAUUAGAAGUGUUGCCACAAGAACGGCCGAGGAUAUCCUCUGGAUGGCCCGACGCUACCUGUUGUGUAGCAAGAAUGGCAGGAAGAGCUGCCCUAGCUGCAAAUGAGGAGAGGCGUGUUCAUGCUCCAGUGGAGAUGAAGCCUACGAUUGGCCUCCCCCAUUAUGAAACAGCGGACGGAGAUAAAGCUGUGAUCAUGCAAGCGCGGAUCGAAGAGCUUUACUCGAGCGACAAUCCGUUGGAUAAGGCAGCAGGAGCGAACCUCUUGGCAGAAUUCUUACAAACGUUCGCACCGGGAGUCCCUUCAGAUUACGGGGGUAGUCGUGACCCGUCAGUAGGGCCAAGCCGUCGUAGAGAGUCCAGGAGAGUCUCACCGAUCCCAAGACGCAUCUCACCACCUCGUCAACAACCUGAACAGGUAGUUCGGAUGCAACCUCCUCCUGUCCCUCAGCGACCCCCUCCAGUACCCCAACGAACUCAACAACCCCCCCUCCUCAACAAGCCCAGAUGCCUCAGAGCAGAACCAACGGAGCGGUCCGAGAACCUGGUGAAACACCGAGUCGAACGGAGGUCAGAGUUCAGCGUGCGCAUAGAGGCAAAUCCCGACCAAGGUCCUCACCUUUCGAGAGAAGCAGAUCGCGAGACUCUCCGAGGCGACAAUCUCAGGCCAGGCGUAGAAAGUCUCCGGAGUCUCCGACUAGAGACUCACCUCAUAGACGAGGCAGGUCUCGAGCUCAAAGAGGCAGGUACCCAGAGGACGAGCAAGAUCGCGACUCUCACGCAUCACCAGCACCAGCUGAGCAUCGGAGUGAACGAGGCAAUCGACGUAGGUCACCGGCACCGUACCAGUUGA